GCGACUUUCAGAGCCGGACCAUGGCCUCUCGCUGGUGGCGGUGGCUACGUGGCUGCUCCCGGGGACCCGCAGCGCGGAGCCCCGGGCCCAGCUCCCCCGCCAGCGUGGGGCCGCCUGGGCCGCGCGCCACCGCCGACGGCCGCGCGCAGAUGCUCUGUUUUAAUCUUGUGAAGAGUCUCACAUCUGCUUUUCCAAAUGUGUGUAGUAUGUCACGGUUUCAGCACACGACACCGGCUGUGUGUUGCUGCAGUAAAACACGGAGUGGUGAGAAAUUCUCUGAUCCUUUUAAACUUGGGUGGAGAGACUUGAAAGGCCUGUACGAGGACAUCAGAAAGGAGCUGCUCAUAUCCACCGCCGAGCUGAAGGAGAUGUCCGAGUACUACUUUGACGGGAAAGGCAAGGCUUUCCGGCCAGUUAUCGUGGUACUGAUGGCCCGAGCGUGCAACAUCCACCACAACGACUCCCGAGACGUGCAAGCCAGCCAGCGCUCCGUAGCCUUAAUUGCAGAAAUGAUCCACACUGCUAGUCUGGUUCACGACGACGUUAUUGACGAUGCCAGCUCUAGAAGAGGAAAACACACAGUUAAUAAGAUCUGGGGUGAAAAGAAGGCCGUUCUUGCUGGAGAUCUGAUUCUGUCUGCAGCAUCGAUAGCGCUGGCUCGGAUCGGAAAUACGGCUGUCAUAUCUAUUUUAACGCAGGUUAUCGAAGACCUGGUGCGUGGUGAAUUUUUGCAGCUAGGGUCGAAAGAAAAUGAGAACGAGAGAUUCGCACACUACCUGGAAAAAACCUUCAAGAAGACGGCCAGCCUGAUUGCCAACAGUUGUAAAGCAGUCUCUGUCCUAGGAUGCCCGGACCCCGUGGUGCACGAGAUAGCCUAUCAGUAUGGGAAAAACGUGGGCAUAGCCUUUCAGCUAAUAGACGACGUGUUGGACUUCACCUCGUGUUCUCACCAGAUGGGCAAGCCGACAUCUGCUGAUCUGAAGCUCGGCCUAGCCACUGGCCCUGUGCUCUUUGCCUGUCAGCAGUUUCCAGAAAUGAAUGCUAUGAUAAUGAGACGGUUCAGUUUGCCAGGAGAUGUGGAUAGAGCGCGACAAUAUGUAUUACAGAUGCCCCCAAUGGCCCUUGGCUGGGACAAAAACCAGGAGCAGGGAACUCACCCCAGGUCUCUCACAUGGGUGGCAGGAACCCAGCCACUUGCUGCCUCCCAGGGUUUGCAUGAGCAGGAAGCUGAGUGAUGGUGUGCAACAGACAACCUACCUCGCCCAGCGGUACUGCCAUGAAGCCAUCAGAGAGAUCAGCAAACUGCGACCAUCCCCAG